AUGGCCAGCGCUCCUAUCUCCCAACAACCCAGAGUCUUCUACUGCUAUUCAAGCACCACCCGAAAUGGAGAAAAGAAAGAAAACAACAUCACCUUCGAGGCCAGGGACCAAGGCUCCAACGAAACCAAGUAUAUAAUGCAAGGCAUCAAGCCGGACAAAUCCCAGAUCGCGAGUACGACUCUUCGCCGGGAGUUGCCUCCUCAAAAUACCUGCCUCCAGACAUUCAUCUCACCCAUUACCCCCGGUAACCCAGACAUAGACUCGAUAACCGGGCGGCCUCUAACCCACCGGUUAUCAUCCGGUCUUGUGGUCACCGAAGUGCCGGUAACAGGGUACUGGCGCCCUCGGAAAUUCGAGUUCAAGGGGAGGAAGUACGUCUGGUUGAAAGAGGGGUCGCAAACCAGGCUUUAUGAGUACUCCUCGUUAAGAACAGUGGAGAAGCGGAAAUCCACAGUAACGGAGUUCGAGACUGUUAAGCCGGCUAUCGCGAGUAAAACAAUGCCGUUUUGGGCUGGGCUGUUCAUGAGUCGCUAUCUCGAGGUUAGGGUUGCGGAGGGGGUCGAGGAGGCGUUGCUGGAGGUUAUUCUGGCGGGGGCGUUGACUGAGAGUAUGGUUACUUUGCAUGGGCAUUGA